AUGCCAAUCUCAUGCUUUGCUACAUAGCAGUACAUAGGUGUGGGUGAAGGUUUUCUAGACAAGACAGCAAAAGCAAAGACCGAAACUAGAGGCUGGGGUGGGGAAAAUGAACUUUAUCAAAGCAGUGCAGAGGAGAGACUCAGAAGAAUGAUGAGGGAGCCUACAGGGUAGCAAAAAAUAUGAAUUAUUCAUCUGACAAGGGAUUAAUACCAGGAGUAUAUAUAUAAGGACCUUAAGCCAUUACCCUCUCCCAAACUAUCUGAUCUUAAAAUGAGCAAAUGAUUAGCUAGGCAUGAUAGUACAAGCCUGCAAUCUCAGUGCUUGGGAGAAGCAGGCAGGAGGAUCUGGAGUUCAAGGUCAGCCUCUGCUGCAAGGCAAGUUCAAAACCAAAACAAAUCAAAGCAAACAGAACAAAACAAACAAAAGACCAGAGAGGGUGAAGAUAUUUCCCAAAAGGAGACACAUAGUGCAACCUUGCUGGCUGGGAUGCAGAGAAAAGAGGCUCAAAAGCCGUUGGAGGGAUGUAAAUGAGUGUGGUCACCAUGCAUUCAGAGCUUAGCCGAAGGCCCAGGAAAAAUGCCCCACCGCCAUGGCAUUUAGCAUGCAGAUUCUCAAAAUAACUGUACAUCGAACCACCAGAUGUAUGUGUGUGGGAAAUGCAGGCCUCACAGAGAGAGAAAUGAGCAAUCACAGAAGGUGUGGAAGAGGCUGGAUGGGUGAGGAUGUAGUCUGUGGCGGAAGAGGCGCAGGGAGCCUCUGCAUGGUACACUGACUGCAGAGAAUCAUGUGUGCUGUGGGUAUUUUUAAACCUCGAAGGCAGAUUCUCAUUAGAGAAGCAGAGACGCACCACUUCCCACAACUCUGCAAGAGAGGAGCCAGGGCAACAAGGAAAAAGAAUUCUGAGAAGAGAGGAAAGCCAGAACAGCAGGGGAACUGGAAAGGGAGCAGAAAAAAGGAGGCACCAAUUUGAAACUAACACCAGCAUUCUGGCUGGGCUCAGAGACCAGACACUGCAAGCAAGAGAAGUUCAGCCAUGCCCACCAAAGCCUCCCCCCUGCCACUCACCACCAGCUCCGAGAACAGCAGCUCCAUCUACGACUACGAUUACCUGGAGGAUGUGACCGUCUUGGUCUGCAGGAAGGAUGAGGUCCUUUCCUUUGGGAGAGUCUUUCUGCCGGUCAUUUACAGCCUGAUCUUUGUGCUGGGCUUGGCUGGGAACCUCCUCCUCCUGGUGGUACUUCUCCGCUACACACCACGAAGACGGAUGAUCGAGCUCUACCUGCUGAACAUGGCCAUCUCCAACCUCUUGUUUGUAGUGACGAUGCCCUUCUGGGCCAUCUCUGUGGUCUGGCAUUGGGUUUUUGGCAGUUUCAUGUGCAAGGUGGUGAGCGUUCUCUACACGAUUAACUUUUACAGCGGCAUCUUCUUUAUCACUUGCGUGAGCCUGAACAAAUACCUGGAGAUCGUUCAUGCUCAGCCUCUCCACAGACCGCAGACCCGGUUCAGGAACUUGCUCCUCAUUGCCGCAGUGUGGACCACGGCCCUGGCCAUCUCUCUCCCAGAGAUGGUCUUUGUCAAGGUCCACCAGACCUCAGAUGGUGUGUUGCACUGUUACGCGGAUUUUGGUGGACACGCGACCGUUUGGAAGCUCUACCUGCGCUUCCAGCAGAACCUUCUGGGGUUUCUCCUCCCACUCUUGGCCAUGGUCUUUUUCUACUCCCGCAUCGGCUGUGUUUUGGUCAGGCUGAGGCCGCCAGGCCAGGGCCGGGCUCUGAGGAUGGCCGCGGCCUUGGUGGUAGUUUUCUUCCUGCUCUGGUUCCCGUACAACCUCACCGUGUUUCUGCACUCGCUCUUGGACCUGCAUGUCUUCGGGAACUGCCAGAUCAGCCACUCUCUGGACUACACGAUGCAGGUGACGGAGAGCCUGGCCUUCUUCCACUGCUGCUUCACGCCCAUCCUCUACGCCUUUUCCAGCCGCCGCUUCCGGCAGUAUCUGAAAGCUUUCCUGGCUGCCGUGCUGAGAUGGCACCGGGACCCUGGCCCUGCCCAGGCUCUGCCAUCUAGCCAUUCGGAGAGCAGCAGGGUUACUGCCCAAGAGGAUGUGGUCAGCAUGAAUGACCUGGGAGAGAGGCAGGCUGAUGACCCCCUUAACAAGGGGCAUACGGGGCCUGAUUAGGCCUGAGUGGCUGGGCCGUGCCAUUCCAGAAAGAACACUGCUCCCUCUCAGGGCUCGCUUGACUGCACUGCUUGGCCCUGUGAUUCUCAACCACCAGCCGUCCUUGCUCAUGGCUGCCCCUUCCUCCGUCUCCCUGGACCCCAUGCUGUCUGUUGAUUCACUGCAAUGGUCCACAUGAUCUUUGCUUCUGUGGCUUUCUGGGCCCCCAGCAGCCAGUGAGGUCAUUCUACUCGGGCUUCAAGGGCUUUGUGACCAGCCUGUGAUCUCACCUCUGCCAUGCUCCCUCCUAGUUUCUGGGUGCAGGGCUCCCGGUCUUCCCUCCCAGUAGGGAGAGCUCAGCCAUGCCACCAGCCUGGACAGUCGUCCCCUUGGGGAGCGAUGGCUCAUUCCUUUGUUCUUGGGGUCAUGGCUCAGAUCUCACGGUGUUGGCGAGGGGCCCCAUGCUCACCCUACUUCAUGCCCUGCCUGCAUCCCCGAUGCUCUAGACCGUUGGCAUCUGCCCUGACCACUUACACUCAGUCCACAGAUUUCUCCCGUCUGUGGUGUCCACUCGUUACUGCCUUAAGCCCAUCCACCCUGCAGAGCCGCGGAGGGAGGCUCUUACUGCGUGGUCACAGCUACACUCAAACCCAUGCCACAGAAGAAAGUGUCUGUGGAGUAUGAGUGACGAGUUCUUUCUCUGUGGCAUUUUUGCAAAGAGCCACAGGCACUCUCCUCACCACUGAGUUACACUUUUCUGUGUAACUCAGAGGGGUCUACACCUUCCUGGGCUUGAUGGUAGCUCCAGAGCUGUCGUCUGAAGGCAUUGGAGGUGCUCCAGUCGGAGAACAGCACAGCAGGCACACAUCUGGCAGGAGGAAGGCAGGAACCAUCCCAGCUCGGGCCUGAUCUCAGGACCUUCAGUCUUUCAGAGGUCUGUCAGUCAAGUUCAAGGCUUUCUCUGAACUUUCCGAAAGACCUGCUGGGGAGAAGGCGGCCCCUCAACACAUCCUGCUGGGAAAACUGGGUUUGCAUGUGUGGGAGAUUAAAACAAGAUCCUAUCUCUCAUCCGAUACAAGAGCAGCUAAAAAUGGAUCGGAGACUCGGUAGACCUAAAGCUUUGACCCAAAGGAAAAGCACAGGGAAACAACCAAGACAUCAUCAGAGGCAAGGACUUUCGGAGCAAAGUUCCACUACCUCAGGAAACACAAGCAGGAACUGAGAUGCAGCAUCGCACAAAGUUACAUAGUGUUAUAGUCUCCAAGGCACAGGGGCAAAGGUCAGGAUAAAAAGACGGCUUCAUCCGUCUCUUUAACCCAGCUCACUUUUACCUAACAGGGCCAAUGUCCAGAUUGCACAGGGGACUAAAAAAUUGACAAGGUCAAAUAAUCCAAUAAAAAAAUAUGGGUGAGUGGUCUGAACAGGCAUUUCUCAAAAGAAAAGAUGCUCAAUAAACACAUGAAAGCCACUCUGCACCCUUGUCUGUCACGGAAACAAAAAAUAGGAUGAUGCCACAGGUCUACCUCACCCAGGUCAGUGUUCCCAGAGAAGUUACAAGAACAGCAGAACCAUGGACUCUGGUGGACACAGGGAAGAUGGACCCUAGUGACUGCCGCUGGGUAAACUGGUACAGUCGCUGUGGGCAGGAAUUUGUUGGUUAAAGAACUGAAAACUGCUAAUGACCCAUCAAUAAAACCCCUGAGUGUCUCUGAAGGAAGUGGAGUCGGCGAACUCCGGAGACAAGCAUGCAUCAUGUUUAUCAUGCCCCUCACGAUAAACGACAGCCAGGACGGGAAUCAGCAUAGCUGUGCAGCCACUAACAAACAUGUGGAAAACACCAUAAACACACUGGAGGGCAUUACCCAGCCUUGGAGGAGACGAGGAGAAGCCGGGAAAUGAUAGUGUUCUGGUUGAGUCAAGUGACGUAAGCCAGGCUUACAGGAGUAUCACGUAUUUCCUCUAUUUCGUGGAAGCUAAGACAAGAGAGUAGAAGUAGGAGUAGGGAGAGCAGAGGGGGGGAGACGUGGCGCAUGUGUGUCAUGGACAAAGCAUGGUAUACACAUGUAAGGAAAGGUCAAAGGGAACCCUGUCAGUCUACACAGGAUGAGCCCAUAACUACAACAACAUUGCUUGGCAUGAAGGCCAGGACUUGUGUGUGCGUGCACACUCAUAUGCGUGUGCGUGUGUGAGUGGGUGUGCAUGUGUGCAAUGAAUAUGUAUGUGCCAAUAUAUACAUCCACCUUUGUUUUUUGAGACAAGGUCUCUCCCUGGUCAAGGCAGACCCCCGUCUCCCCCUUCCCCGAGGCUGCACAGCUAUAUGCACCAAGCCUGGCUUUUUGACACUGGGGAUUGGACUCAGGUUCUGGUCCCUGUGUGGCAGGUGCUUCCUUGACUGUGCCUCCCAAGGCCAGAGCUUUCUCAGCUGCAUCCAGGCAUCUUCACCCUCCAGCUCCUCCGUUUCCCGAACACUCGCCACUCCGUGGCUCUCGUCUGCUUCCUCUGUAAUAAAGUUUGCUUCUGGU